GAGCCGCCGCCCGCCCGCCCGCCCUCCCCGGCCUGUCCCCGCUCCGCCGCCCGCAGCGCCUCUCCCUUCGCCGCUCCGGGGCCGCUUGGCGGGGGGGUGAAUAAAGCAGCCGGGCGCGACCCCCCCACACCCGCCUGCCUUCCCUCCUCCCCUCCCUUCCCCCUUCCUUCCCCUCCCUCCCCGUCCCUUCCUCUCUCCGCCUGGUGCCGCCACCGCCGAGGAGGAGGAACAUGGCGAAAGCGGAGCAGGUCCUCAGCCUGGAACCGCAGCACGAGCUCAAAUUCAAAGGUCCUUUCACAGAUGUUGUCACUACAAACCUGAAACUCGGCAAUCCUACAGACAGAAAUGUGUGCUUCAAAGUUAAGACCACAGCACCACGUAGAUACUGUGUAAGGCCUAACAGUGGAAUUAUUGAUGCAGGAACAUCAAUUAAUGUUUCUGUGAUGCUACAGCCUUUUGACUAUGACCCUAAUGAGAAAAGUAAACACAAGUUUAUGGUCCAGUCUAUGUUUGCUCCAGCUGAUACUUCAGAUAUGGAAGCAGUAUGGAAAGAAGCAAAACCGGAAGAACUCAUGGAUUCGAAACUUAGGUGUGUGUUUGAGCUACCAGCGGAAAAUGAUAAGCCUCAUGAUAUAGAAAUAAAUAAAAUUGUAUCCACAACUGCAACAAAGACAGAUUCCUCUGUAAUGUCUAAAUCAAUAAGCUCUUCUUUGGAUGACACUGAAGUUAAGAAAGUAAUGGAAGACUAUAAGAGGCUUCAAGUAGAAGUUCAGAGGUUACGGGAGGAGAAUAAACAGUUUAAGGAAGAAGAUGGACUGCGGAUGAGGAAGGCACCCCAGACAAACAACCCAAUAUCUGCUUCUGCAGCUGCUGUCAAGGAUGAAGGGCUCAGCUCCAGACUACUUGCUUUGGUGGUUUUGUUCUUUGUCUUUGGUGUAAUUAUAGGAAAAAUAGCCUUGUAGAGGCAGCAUGCUGGAAAUUGUAAAUUGGUUUGAUGGUUCUGCCAUAUCAUUGGAUUAAAUUUAUUCAUAACAAUGUUUAAAAAAAAAUUAAUGUAUGACAUCUCACAGGUCUUGCCUUUAAAUUACCCCUGCACAAAUACUAUGUAACAUAAUCUAGAAAGUUUAAAAUGUACAAUGAAUGAAUGAAAGAGAAUAUGCUUCAGUGAUGAAGGGGGGGAGAAAAUCGUGACUUAACACUACAAUGGAAUAUUGUAUAUGUCAUUUUAAACAUUCUUAGACCCUGGUACAUGUUGCUGGAUUACCUCUUUUUAAAAAAAAAAAGAAAAAAAAAAAAAGGAAAAAUAGAACAAACUAUUCCUCCACUGCUGGAGCUGGCCCUAUUGGAUGUUUGGAGCUGGGUUAGGCAGGAGGUGUUGAUAACUUCUGUAAAAUACGUUAAUCCACCAUUCUGCUCAUAAAUUUAACAGUUUCUGUCAGUGUCUUCAACUCUGUGCGAGUCACCAAUCUCUUGGCACUUAAAUGAAUAGUGAGAAGCUGAAAAGAAGUGUAUGUGGCAAUGCUGAAUGUGCUAGGCAUCAUUAAGAGGCAUAUAUUGACUGGUAUGACGCUCAUUUGGAAUAAAGGUCAAUGCCUUGUUCUCAUAAAGGGACCAAGCUACAUUGCUGUUGGUUCAUUUAGUUGAAUUAAAAUGUUAUUCAGAGAUGUUUAAUGCAUAUUUAACUUAUUUAAUGUAUUUCAUCUCAUGUUUCCUUAUUGUCACAAAAUUGACUAAUACUAUAUGGUAUGAAAAGGCACCUGUUUAAAGCCAGUGACUAGAACUAAAAAUUUGCUGCUGUAGUGAUGCGAGAUUCUUCUGCCUCCUGGUAUUUUGGGCACUACACAAUUGUUGGGAGUUUUGAUCAUCUGAGCAUUGGAGAAACAGUGGUCAGGAAACUGUUUUUGUAUGUAAAUAAGUCUAUCUAGGGGAAGAAAUAUUAGUAGUAAACUAGUCCUAUGCCGUAAAAGACCAAUCCUGUUUGACUAUGUAGCAUCUUAAAAAAAGAAAAAAAAAAAGAAAAGAAAAAUUAAAUAAAGCCCCCAAAUUAAUGUU